AUGUCAAAUUUAAACGUACAUAAUGGCGGUGCAACCAAUUCACCAGAUCCUUUAAGAAGAGGAGGUGCAAGUAGUGCCAAUCAACAAGAUUCAAGGAUUAUGAGCGUUAAUCUUGUCGAUAUCAUCGGUCAACAAGAUCACGUUAAAAGUGAAGUUUUAGCAAAAAAUCAAAAAUCAUUAUUUGAUUUAAAAAGAGAAAUUUCAAUGAGCAGCAAAAAGAAUUUUACAUUAGAAAGAGAUAUUAAAAACCUUGAUAAAAAGAUUGCAUUAUUAAUUAAAAAUAGAAUCACAUUGGAUGAAAUUAUGAAUUCAGGUGAUAUUGUAGAAUUACAAACCAGAACUAUUACAUUAAAAGAUAAAUCACAGAGAGAUCACUAUGGACAAUUAUUUUAUUUACUUCAAAACAACACCAAUUAUAUCGCACAAUUAGCAAAAUUAGUUAAAGUAGGUGAGAUCGAUAAUCUUUUACAAACAGUAAUGUUUACACUCUAUGGUAAUCAAUACGAAGAGAAAGAAGAGCAUUUAUUAUUAUCAAUGUUUCAAAAGGUACUCCAAGAAGAGUUUAAAGAGGCAACAAGCAUUGGUUCACUUUUAAGAGCAAACACAGCACUCACUCGUAUGAUGACUACCUAUACACGUAGAGGUCCAGGUCAACAGUAUCUCAAGCAAAGACUCAGUAGACCAUUAGCCGAUAUCACAAGUAAUAAAGAUUUAAACCUCGAGGUUAAUCCAUCAACAGUUUAUGAAAAUUAUAUUAACGAGUAUGAAACCAAAACUGGUAAACCAUCACCACUCAAGAGAAAAGUGUCACCAGAAGAAUGUUCAGAGAAUCAAAAUGUUAAAGAUAUUAUUAAGCCACGUAUCGAAAAACUAAUUGAAAUUGGCGAGCAAUUCUUAGACUCUAUUCUUUCAAGUGUCGACGCUGUCCCCUAUGGUAUUCGUUGGAUAUGUAAACAAAUUAGAGAGUUGGUUAAACAAAAAUUCCCACAAGCCACCCGUGCUCAAACUUGUGGUCUUAUUGGUGGUUUCUUCCUUUUACGUUAUAUUAAUCCAGCAGUUGUUACCCCACAGGCUUUUAUGUUGGUCGAUGGCAAACUCUCAAACAACACAAAAAGAAAUUUAACUUUCCCCGCCAAAAUGCUUCAAAAUUUAGCAAAUAAUAUUAUGUUUGGCGGUGUUAAAGAGUUUUUUAUGGAACCUCUCAAUGUAUUUUUAGAAAGAAAUAAAGAUAGACUAAAUGACUUUUUAGAGUCAUUAACCGAAGUAGAAAGUCUCAACGAUCAUCUUCAAUUAGAUAAAUAUUUGGCAAUGGCAAAGACAGGUGACACUACCAUCAAUAUCACUUUAAAUGAAAUGUACUUUAUACACUCUUUACUUGAACAACACAUCAACAGUUUAGCACCAGAUUCAAAUGAUCCACUUCGUAUUAUUCUUUCAGAUUUAGGUCCAGCUCCACCACAACUCUCAAGAAGCGAUAACGCAAAUGUUGAACUUAAACUUAGUAAUCGUUUCCCAGAUCAACUAAAUGCUCAAGGCUCAUCCAAUGAUAUCACCUCUCAAGGUAAUCCAGAGCAAAUCUAUAAUGAAACAAAGUAUUUAUUAAUUACCGUUCUUCGUUCGCUCGCUUCAACUCCAGGCAGUUCAGAUUCCUAUAUGGGUGCUUCAUUAGCCGAGGUUGCCAAACAUGCAGCUCAUCAUAAAAAUCAAGAUAUUGUAGAUAACAUCAAAAAGAUUUUAGUAAAUGUAAAAAAAUUAUCUAUGGAAGGUUAUCUCAAAGGUGAAGACGAUAAUUUUAUCCAACUUCGUAAAGAUAUUGUAGCAGAACUUUUAAAUUAUGAAACCUAUAUCAAUAAAACAACUCAAGAUAUCGAUAAACUUAAACAAGUAUUGGCCACUAUUCAUCAGCAUAACGUUUUCCUUCAACAACAAUUGGAUUACUAUGAAAAAUAUCUAAGUAAUGUUCGUGAAAAUUGUGGUACCUCAAAUAACACCAGUAGUAGCAGCGAUACAAAGAAAUCAAAAAAAGAUAAAGAAAAAGAUAAAAAAGAAGAAAAAAAUAAAAAGGUAGCAAAGAAAGGUCCAUUCAAAUUUAGUUAUUCCCAAAUGGAAAAGGAUGGUUUAAUAUCUCAAUCAGAAGUACCAGAGGAUAGACGUUCAAAUAUAUUUUUCUCUUUCUCAUCUGAAUCACCUGGUAUCUAUGAUGUCGUUUUAAUUUAUAGAACCACCGCUGUAAGUGAAAUUAAAUUACAUUUAGAUGAACUAUUAGAAAUGCAAUCAAACAGCCAAACAGAAUAUGAAACUGACUUUUUCAAAUUAAAUGUUAAUUUAUUAUUAUAUUUAUUAAAUAAAACUUUUAUUUCUUAA